AUGUUGCCGGAAGUGGCUGGGUUGGAUGAUGCUAAAGUAAGGAUAGACGUCCUCGAAACACAAGGAAGGGCAAGGUUGUGCACUGCGGUUCGUGUUGGUGCGACUGGGAAGGAGUUCAAAGAAGAGAAGCUGGAAGUGUACAGUCACGAGCCGACGCCGUUUCCUCUAGUCCCUGUUUGCCCACCGCCGCGGUACACAACAAAAAAGGAUCACGUCGUGGCCCAGAUCAAGACCUGGAUGGCCGCCUGCUCAACCAACCACCGAAUAUGCUCUGCGAAUACCACCUUGAUGCCACGGCGAGUCUUGAAGAUCUCACAGGGCGGACAAAGGGUCAACCUACAUCUCACCAAGGGCCGAUCUGCCCCCUAUCUGACUCUCAGCCACUGCUGGGGCCCGAGAUGCCCCCUACAGACCUCCAAAACCAACAUCGGUCGUCACUUGCACAACAUCCCCCUCAACGACCUCCCUCCUCUCUUCCGCGACGCUAUCGCUCUUACCGCGAGUCUCGGCCACCAGUACCUCUGGAUUGACUCGCUCUGCAUCAUCCAAGAUUCCCCAAUCGAUUGGGACCGAGAAUCAUCCAUGAUGGCAUCCAUAUACGCCGGCUCAACUCUCACCCUCGCGGCUACCCACGCCUCAUCCUCUGCUUCGUCCCUCUUUUCUCCCCGCUCAUCUACCCCCAUAACUAUCUCACCAACCACCAAAACAAUCCCCUACACUCUCUACGCUCGCCCCGCAACACGCCAUCUCCCACGCCACCCAAACGCAACCUCCUUCCCCCUCCUUACCCGGGCCUGGGUCUAUCAGGAACGCCUGCUCUCACCGCGCGUUGUGCACUUUGGCCCGGAUGAACUCGCGUGGGAGUGUAGCGGUGGUGGGGGAGAUCGGGGACCGCAAGACAAGGUCCCAUCCCUCCGUUGCGAAUGCGGUUACUUCGACCGCUCAGCAGCGGCUUCUGGGGGACAGGGGCCACUUGGAUUACACGACAGAUUCGGAGCGGAUGUGAAAGCGCAGCAUGCGGCUUGUUUACUUCGAGCUGCUGCUCAUGGUUCUCAGGGGGGAUUGCCUGCUCCCAAGUCCCCAUCAUCAUCAUCAUCGAGUACUCUGCACUGGCACUCACUCGCCCUAGCGAUCGGUUACCCGCCAUUUUCAGGUCUGGCUAAGCAGAUGCGCGGAGUCCGGCCUAAGGCGCGAUACCUCGCGGGGCUGUGGGAGGAUAGCUUUUUCCGGGACUUACUGUGGGUGUCGGUGUUACCGAAUCCUGGGCUGAAAAAGCAGAUGGGGAAGGACGAAAAGAGGAACGGUGCUGAGCCGGAAUGGCUCGCCCCGACAUGGUCGUGGGCAUCCCGAGGUCAUGCGGUACGAUACACCAACGGUCAACGGAUACAGGUCGGAGGGCUGGGGAUAUACCAACCGGCGGAGAUGGGCAACUCGGGGGAUGUAGCCUCGGAGCUGGUCGGAGGGUCUUGCGAGCUGCUGGCUGCUGAGUGUGUUCCGGCUGGGGUGGACGAUACGGGUAAGGUGAAGAGCGGUUGGGUGAAGGUUAAGGGGUAUGUGGUGGAGGUGGGGCCGGUGUGCGAGUUAGUGAGUGCUGAGCAAAGGGAGAGGUGGGUUGUUACGGUGAAUGGAGUCAAGUCGUGGGAUGUGUUCUGGGAUGAGCCACCACAGGGGCAUGAGGAAGGUGGGGGUUUUUGGAGCGAAAAGUUUUCUUUGUUGAGGAUUGGGUGCAUCCCUGCCACGGGGGAGAAGGAGCCGUAUGAUGAGUGGUCUUUGUUGCUGCGACGGGUUGGUGAUGGAGUGUUUGAGAGAUGUGGCAUUGUCGGUCGGUCUAAGAGAUUCUCCAGCUUUGGGGCAGCAGAUAUGGCUAAGUAUUAUGAGCAUACACGAGGGACGAGCCCAUGGUUUGGGGAUGUUAAGGAACCGGUCGUUAUAGUUAUCGUUUGA